UCCACCAAAUCAGGGGGAGGGAAAAAGAUGUAAUGCUACAAGCGACGUGAAAAUCCUUGCUUGGAGUCCCUGUGCCCCCCACCCCGCCCCGCACACAGCCGAGAGGCGGACGGAACGAGAGGGGUUUCCUGCAAACGCGACCCUGCGCGUGGGAAGGAUAAGGGAUGAAAAUAGGAAAGGGGUCCCGUGGGUCCCACGCGGAGCGCUGGAGGCUCGGUGGGAAGAGCUCCCGCCUGAGAGACGCAGCCGCAUGCGGGGUCUCCCACUCCCACGCAAGGAUGCCCGGAACCCCGGGUGUGACCUGGACGCCGCCGUGUCUUUCGCACGAGGAGGUCGCACGUCAAGGAGGGAAAGAGAAAAGGGCCGGGCCGCCCGCAGUCCCGAGCCAGGCAGCCGCGCGCCGCCGCCCCUCACCCAGCCGGGCCCGGGGCGCGGAGCCGAGCGCACAGCGAGCGCGGCCGCCGCGGAGCCGGCACCUGGAGGCCAUGGAGGAGAGACCGGCAGAGGCCAGGGCCACCGUGGAUGAUUCGGCGCCCCCCUCCGUGGCCCAGCUGGCUGGGCGGUUCAGGGAGCAGGCAGCCGCCGCAAAGGAGACUCCAGCCUGUAAACCAACGAGAAGGAAACCGCCCUGCUCCCUCCCUCUGUUCCCCCCCAAGGUGGAGCUGGGCCAGAACGGUGAGGAGAAAUCACCGCCCAGUGCAAGCCAUCCUCCUAAAAUCAAGGUGAAGAGCUCGCCUCUGAUCGAGAAGCUCCAGGCCAAUUUAGCUUUCGACCCAACGGCCCUGCUGCCUGGGGCCUCGCCCAAGAGUCCUGGGCUCAAGGCCGUGGUGUCACCGUUCCAGAGCCCACCCUCCACUCCCAGCAGCCCUGGCGUGCGGUCUCAGGAGCCCGAGGACGUGCCCGUGAGCUUUGACCAGCCUCCCGAAGGGAGCCGUCUGCCCUGUUUCAACAAGGUGCGGACGAAGGGCUCCAUAAAAAGGCGCCCUCCCUCCAGGCGAUUCCGGAGGUCCCAGUCAGACUGUGGGGACCUGGCCGACCUCAGGGCCCCCGCGUCAUCCCAGGAGAAUGGUGCCAAGGAAGAGAAUGGGGACGAGGUGUUCCCACCCCACAGUGAGGCCCUGGGUUCUCCUCCUCCCGGCGAGGGGCCGGCGGGGGCCCGGGAGAAGCCUCCUCUGAGGAGGACGUCCAGCCGAGCGGAGAGGCAGGAGAAGGGCCAGGCCGUGGAUGACGCGCAGCCGCCCCAGAAGGCCGUGGGGGGCUCUGACGAGGAGGCCAGCCCACGUCCAGCCACAGGGGAGGCUGUCCCGCCAGGCCAAGCCUCCAACCCGGAGGCCGAGAAUGGUCGCAGGAGCCCCACAGAAGGAAAAGAAGAGACAGAAAAGAGGGAGGCAAAGGAGGCGACGGCAGCAAAGGAAGACGAAGAGCCCAGACAGAGCCGAGACGCAGCGGGGUCGGCAGAGGGCGCUGCGGGGGAGGCCCCAGCAGGCCCCCCCCGGGGGGCGGAGGUCCCCCACAUCCCGGAGCAGGGCAAAGGCGAGGAAAAGGACGAGGCAGGGGCCGUUCUGGAGCCAGGCUGCUGCCCCAGCGAGGAGGCCCCCGAGACAGAGGAUAACCCCCCUGUCCAGGACACUAAGAUGUGAGGAGCUCACCGUGCCUAGUGAUGUGGCUGCCGGAGACGCCUCUUUCAAAGGAGCAACAAGAGUAGCAGCCAAUGAAGCCAUCACCGACGCAGAGCUCGUGGAGGGUCUGGAGCGGCCCGAGACAGACCACACUGUUUCUAGGCCUCCACGCUGACAUUCUCCCGCAGGUAGAGAUCAGUCAAAGGCCGGCAGCCUUGCAUCACCUUGAGUUCGUGUCUCAAUGGACUUGGUUUAAGAAAAAAAACAAAAACUUAGAACAGUUUACUGUGGGGACAGCUCCCCGGAAGCCUCGCCAACCUGGGGGCCUGGCUCCUACUGCACCCACCUGUCCCUGUGGCUGACCUCAGAACUGGAUUCUGACUUAGCUUCUCAGAUUUUGUUUUGUGCAAAGCAAUAGCCUUUUUAACGCUCUGAACUUUUUAUGAUUCUCAGAUGUGAGUAAAAACUGAUUUCAGGUGGGUGGAAACAAAAGCAAAGACUGUUGCUGAAAUAGAAGUCCCGUCAGUUACAGAAGACCUCGGCUAUGGAAAAGCUUAAAUUGUGGAGACCCCGAGACAACCUCUCAGCUUUUUCCACAUGGGAACCGGCCAACCAAUUUUUAAAACAUUGGCCUGGAAGCGGUACUUACUGCACCAUUUAAAAAUAUGUAUUAGGAACCUUUGCUGUCUGGGACUUUUCCAGUCUGUGGUACCCAGGGAGGGGACAGGCUCAGCCCACGCUCUUCCCAGGGGAGGAGGAGGUGGAGACGGGCAGAUCCGGAGAAGCAGAUGUGAGGUGUCACGGUUCUGCACGCGCUGCCUUUCCUCAUCCUGAGAGCAGAGUGGGGAGACCUUAACAAUGCCCGCCCUCUGACACAUCUUGGGGAGGAAAUGUGCAGUUCUGCAAGACGUCCUUGAGCCUGGAGUAGGUGCUUCCUGGGAGGUGCUGGCGCAUCUGUUUUGAAAGGUACAGGACAAAGACAUAUUCCUACCUUCCCUGGGAAGCUGCUCUUGAAUCAAAGCCCAGGCUCCCUUUCCGGACGGGAUUGGGGGGCCUGGGUUUUCAGCCUCUUCUCAACGGGUUGCUCUGGCUUUAAUGUUCGGUGUGGAAAGUGCAAGGGGCUUUGCAAGGAGCAGGGGCCAUUUCCUCUCCCCUCCUGAUGCAUAGCUGUUUAUCCAAAUACUCGGUUAAUCUUUGGUGUUGGUUCUCAUCCGGGGUGGAGGGUUUCAGCGUCUCGUUGCGCUGAUGUGGUAGACGGAGCAGCUGUUUCUCUGAAGGUCCGUCCGGCAGCCUCCUACCCUGACUUCAGAAACCAUGUCCCAGACAAAAAGGCCUCUGUCCCUGCCAGUACCUCAGCGGUCUCAGUACAGUUUUAUAGUACAGUACAGGCUCCUAGGACCGUUUUCCUAACUCCAGAUAGUGUUCGUACUUGGGAUAUAUAUUUUUUCAAAGAUUUUUUUUUCCAAAAGUUUUUUCAAAACUUUUAAAAAUACAAGCAUUUUCUAGACCUUGUAACUCAGUUAAGCCCGAAAUUUUAAGUUUUAUGUUUUAGCAGGAUUUCGGAGCUAGGUGUGUUCCAGUUAUUUUGAGGUCCACAUAACCCUUAGCUAUCGCUCCCUCCCCCGUCCACCCGUCUGUACCUGUCCCUCUCCUAUCUGCCCGUCCAUCUAUACCAACAGAGAUGUGUUACCCCCUAAACAAUACAUGAUUUUAUUUACGUA